AUGGGGACUGUCGGCUUAACGAGGGCGCCGCACACGGUGCGCGGUGGUGGCGGUGGCGCUAUUGCCGGCUUCAGCACCCGAGCCGCGGUCUACGCUGUGCUGGUGCUGUUGCUGUUCGCGUCGCAGCUGGUGGCGCGUGUUCCGUGUGCGGAGGGGCGCCACGUCUUGGCGGUGGACCUUGGGUCGGACUGGGCGAAGGCGGCUACACUCGGCGGCGGCAGCGGGGCACUCAUGCGAGCCAACAUCGUUCUUAAUGACCAGGCUAACAGAAAGAGCCCGCAAUGUGUUGCAUUUCGCUUUAUGCCCCACCACGGCAACGACACCCUGCAGAGUGUGGAGCGUGUCUUCGCGGAAGAGGCGCAGGUGCUCGAGCCACGUUUCCCUCAACAAGUCGUCUGUGGGGCGUCACUGCUCGCAGGGCGCGGUCUACAGCGGGAUGCAAAUCAGCAGGAGGGCAAUAAUGUGUCUGCAGGAAAAGCAACGGAAACAGAAUCAGCAGCAGCAGCAGCAGCAGAUACCGAUGAAGAAAGGGAAGAGAAUCUGCUAUCUGCUGAAGAUGUUGCAGCACUCUCUUUUGCUUUGGUACCGGGACGUUCCGGCGACUCCUUGUCUGUGCGCGUUGUUGACAGCAAGGACAAGGAAAGGGCAUUGGAGUUCUCGGUGGAAGAGCUGAUCGGCAUGUUCUUGGGCUACCUGAAGCGUAUGGCGGAGCGCGGCCUCGACGGCGAGCCGGUGCGCCACCUCGCCGUGACGGUUCCGCUUGUCGCGCCGCUCGCAUACCGCCAGUCCAUUGUAGACGCCGCGGCGGUUGCGGGGCUGCGCACAGUACGGGUGGUGCACAGCACGACAGCAGCGGCGGUGCAGCUGGCGCUCCUCAGUGCGGAGCAGCUGUUCGCACCGGGGGGCGAGAGGGACGCCCGGUACGUGAUGGUGUACGACAUGGGUAGCCGCCACACGGAGGCCGCGGUGUACCGCUUCACUCCAGCGCGCAAGCACCUGGGCACCGUCACGCUGGUGUCGGCAGCGGUGAACGUCACACUUGGCGGACGCGCCUUUGACCUCUGCAUCGCCCGCUACGCAGAGCGGGAGCUGUUCCCGAGGGCGCAGCCAAAGCCCAUCGCCCCGGUCCUCGGCAAACGCACCGCUGCUGCGCGGAAGGCGGCAGUGAGUCUGCUGCGCGCGGCGAACAACGCGCGAGAGCGGCUCUCAGUGAAUCAGGAGGCCCCGUUGAUUGUGCAGGGUGUUGGUGAGAGUGGCGUGGGCGACUUCACCGCAACCAUUUUGCGUGCGACUUUCGAGCAGGAGUGCGCCCAUCUCUUCGACGAGGCGGUGCGUGUGCGUGACCGGGCGAUUGCACGGACGAAGGGGGAGGUAACGUCUGUGCAGGACCUGCUGCGCUUCGAGCUGGUGGGUGGGGCUGCGCGGAUGCCGAAGUUGCUGCAGCGCCUCAGUGACGGUUACGGCAGGGCAGCGGACCGCAGACUCAACAGUGACGAGGCAACCGUCACGGGUGCCACGCACAUGAGCGCUGCACGUGCUAAUAUUAACGCGGAGAGUGUACGCGUGGAGGAGCCGCUGACCAACAACGUGUACUUCUCCGUUACACCACCGCUGAAUGCGGCAGAGGGAGCGGAAGGUGCGCGGCAUCUUGUGUUUGCGAAGGGGACAACGCUUGUGCCGGCGCUGCAUUCGCUCCGCUUUCCGAACCGCACCUCCGACUUCACGCUGACGCUGCAUGACAGCAGUGGUCGGUUCGCGCGAGCAGUGAGCAUCGCUGGGGUGGGGAAGCGUUUGCUAACGGCACAGCAGCUGCCGAAUCGCAUAACUUCUACUACUGCUUUUGCUGCUUCUGCCACCAACGACAGUGGCGCUGAGGCGAAGGGCACAAGGGGAGUCACCUCCCUCGAGCGCACAGAAGUGGUUGUGGAGGUGACGCUCUCAGAUAGCGGCAUCCCUUUCGUAUCCAACGCGUACCUCCGAGCCAUGUACAUGAAGGAGACAGCGACGCCAGUGGAGGGUGACGCCACCAACAGGACCACCGCCGCUGCUUCUGCGACGGAAGAUAACACCACACACGAGGCAGCCUACCAAGGUGGCGGCGAGGGCGUUGAGGAAGACGCCACGCAAGAGCAGCCACAAGAAAAGGAGGAUGCUGGUGAAGAUCAACAACAACAACAACAACAAGGGCAACAUAAGGCCGUGGAGGAGGAAGAGGAGGAGGCGGAGGAUGAGGAUGAGAAGAGGGAGGAAAUAAAAAGGGACAAUCAGGUCGACAAGAAGACAAGAAACGGGGAAGGUGCCGCUGCUUCUACGUCUACUACCACACCCACCAGCGGCAACGAAGGCGCAAGACGCUUUGUGCGCAGUUUCCCACUGCAGCUCGCAGCGGCGUCGGUGUCGGCGGGCGCAAACAUUGACAAAACCGAGGCAACAGCCGCUCGUGACCGUCUCCGCGCAUUUCAACGCGCCGACGAAGAGCGCUUGCGUCGAAGUGCCCUCCGCAAUGACCUAGAGUCUCUUUUGCUACACUACAAGUCUCUCGACGCGUGGGGAGAGCGUGAAAAGGCGGGUGGUGACGCGACAGACUGGCGGGAGACUGUGGUUGACGUGGCCCGCUGGUUCGACGAGGCCGCCGACGACGUGGAGUUGCCAGCGCUGCAGCAGCAACUGCAGCGGCUGAAGGAACUUCGGGCUGUGUGA